CUGGUGAACGACGCGCUGGCCUUCGCGGGGCCGCUGCUGCUGCACCAGCUCGUGUCCGUGCUCGACAACGGCUCACAUGCCCUCGCCCUGCACCCACCUUCUCCGGCCCCUGCCACCCUCGGGCCUGCCGCGCCCCCCACGCCGUGGUCGUAUGGCCUCGCUUGCGCUCUCGCCAUCGGCGCCACCUCUGCCCUCAGAGCCUUCCUAGGCGCGCACUACUCGUACCGCCUGGCGCGCAUGGGGCUCAAGCUGCGCGCUGCCAUCGCCACCUGCGUCUUCGCCAAGGUGCUGGCAGUGAGUGCGGCACAGAGGGGGUCAUUCGAGGGUGGCGAGGUGCAGACGCUCAUGAGUGUGGAUGCGGACAGGCUUGUCAACCUCGUCAUGUCGCUGCACGACCUGUGGGGUCUGCCUCUGCAGAUCCUUGUGGCGCUGCUGCUGCUCUACUGGCAGUGAACCGGUGGCUGGUGGGGAGGAUAGGAGAAGCGAGCAAGCAGAUGAUGGCCAGCAAGGAUGCCAGGGUGCAGGCGAUGCAGGAGCUGUUGGACCACGUGGCAGCAGUGCGCGCCAUGGCCAUGGAGGGCGCUCUGCUCUCCCGCAUCAAUGUCGCUCGACACCUCGAGCUCUCCGCCCUUGCUGUGCGCAAGUACCUAGACGCGUGGUGUGUGUACUUCUGGGCGUGCACGCCUGUGCUCUUCUCCCUCGCCACCUUCUCCUCGCUGCUGCUCCUCGGCCGCUCCCUCAACGCCCCCGUGGUGUUCACGAGUCUAGCGCUCUUCAACGUGCUGCUGGGCCCGCUCAACUCCUUCCCCUGGGUCAUCAACGGCAUCGUCGAGGUGGGCAUAGCGGGUCGCACAGGGGCAGGCAAGUCGUCCCUACUGGCCGCCCUCUUCCGCCUGCGACCCCUCACCCUGGCCUCUGCCACCACCGCCACAACCACCAGCAGCACGAGCAGUAGCAGCAGGGCCAGUGGCAUAUUCAUUGAUGGCGUCAACACUGCCCAUGUCAGCCUCUCCUGCCUGCGCACUGCCCUCGCCAUCAUUCCACAGACGCCACUCAUCUUCCACGCCCCUAUCCGAGACAAUCUGGAUCCCGAGGGAAGGCAUGCUGACGUGGCAUUGUGGGAUGCUGUGAGGAAGUGCCAUCUCGACGCAGCAGUGGGGCGGCUGGGAGGGCUGGAUGCCAUGGUGGGUGGGGCGGCAGGGGGGCUGUCACUAGGAGAGCGGCAGCUGCUGUGCCUGGCUCGAGUUAUGCUCAGAAAAUCCAAGUGCACGUUUUCUGUCUUACAAGAUUCCACUACUGUUUCUCUGCAGGUGCUCUGUUUGGACGAGUGCACGGCCAACAUUGAUGCUGCCACGAGUGCACUCAUGCAUGCCACAAUAGCUCGGGAGUUCCAUGGCGUCACCACCAUCACCAUUGCGCACCGAGUCUCGUCACUACUCUCCCUCCCACGUGUCCUCAUCUUUGAGUCUGGCGCCCUUGUACGUAAACACAGUGGUAUCCUUACAAUGUUCUGUUUGUCAUCCUUUAAAUGUUGCAGUUGUUGUGGUGUGGACUGA